AUGCAGCCGUCCGCUCCAGCGGUCCAGCAGGCCGCACAGGCCUACCCCGAUUACACGCGCGGCAUUGCCGCAAAGCACAUCAAGCGAGGGUACACACUCGCGUGCCAGUGGGCCGGACCGGCGCUUCUGCUGCCAGUGGCCGCAUCGUUCGGGCUCGAGCUCCUGAGCCUGUGGCGCUCCGGCGAGCUGGAGCGGCUGCUGGCAAGCGUGACGGCGGGUGACGUCACCGUGAACCUGGUGACGCUGGUGGCGUGCGUGAGCGUGCUGCUGGCGGCGCUGGCGGCGCUGCUGAUGAGCGCCAGCCGGACGGUCUACCUCCUGGACUUUGCCAUCUACAAGCCCCCAGAGAGCUGGAAGUGGAGCAAGCCCUAUGCGGUGGAGAUGGCGCGCUCCCUAAUGGUCAAGGGCCCCGACGGCUCAGAGACGCGGGUGCGUGGCGUCGCGCGACACGAUGUCCGCAGCACACGCGCGCAGCCGCGGCGUCCCGCCCGCCACGCCGCCGCCGCGCCUGUGGCGGCCCCCAGCGGGACGGCCGGGCGGAUGUUCACGGACUCCACGGUGGACUUCCAGACCAAGGUCCUCGCCCGCAGCGGACUGGGAGACGACACGUACCUGCCGCCCUGCAUGGCUGACCUGGACAACCCCGUGCCCACAAUGGCCAACGCGCGCUGGGAGUUCGAGCAGGCGCGCAUCUCCCCACUCCCUGAACCCAAGGGCGUGUGCUUCACCGCCGUGCGCGACGUGCUCAACAAGACGGGCGUCAAGCCCCGCCAGAUCAAGGUCGUCAUCGUCAACUGCUCCCUGUUCAACCCCACGCCCUCCCUGAGCGCCACCAUCAUGAACCACUUCAAGAUGGGCGGCUCCCACCUUUGCACCCGCCUCACGCCGCCGCCGCGCGCGUGA